GCGUUCUAUAUAAAAUAGCAGAGCAGAGCAGAGGGGCAAAAGGCACUGAAAAUUCCAUUCUAUUCUAUGGAAAUGGAGCACUCUCCUUCAGAUGUAUGUUCCCAAAUGCCUUGUCAACUGGACUGGUGUCAACUGGAGUCCAACGCCUGGGCAUUUUCAAGCAGAAAAUACAAAGAUGAAUUGGGUUACCAGCGAACCAUUUACCCUAUCAUGUCUGCUGCUUCUGUUGUUUCCAUGUUUCCAACUGUGAAAUGGAGGAUCCAAUCUGUUAUGGAGAAAAUGUCGACUCCAAAUAUUUGUCUGGUUCAAUUCUGGGCACCCAUCAAGGUCAAUGGAUCUACUUUCCUGUCCACUGCGGAUCAAACAUUUGCUUUCUAUAACGAACUCGAUAAGAGGCUCUCUUCAUACAGGAAGCUCUGUCUAGAUACUUUGAUUCCAAUUGACGACUACACCGAAAGUCUAUUUGGUCCAAUUGAACGAGUUUACACAAGAUGCUUGCCAGAAUAUAACCCCGACGUCCAAAGCUAUUCCUCUGCAGAAUUUCCACUGCUCGAAACUGCAAUUCGCUUGGGAAUUCAUUCUUAUUAUGCAGUUCCAGUGGUCAACAACUAUGACCAGCAGUACCGUGGUGUACUUGAGAUUGUAUCUACACAACCAUCUCUCCAUCUUUCCCAUCUUAUUACGGGGUCGAAAAUCUGUUCAUUUCAGUUGUAUAGCGUUUGCAAUUCAAGGGACAUGCUUUUUGGACUUUUAGAGCCGCCUGUUGAUGAUAGACUUGAUGAAAUAAAGAACGGGUUAUAUGAGAUCCUUGAAAGAGACAGUUUACCCUUUGCACAAAUUUGGAUUCCUUAUUCUCCAUUUGUCUCUUUAAAAGUCUUGUAUCGUGCUGCUGCCUCCAUCUAUGAGCGUUCGAGUUCAAUGUAUCAUGAGUUUGAACAUGUUUCUGAGGACUGUUUUAUUGAGAGCGGUACGGCAUUGGUCGGGAGGGCAUUUGCAUCCCAAGGUUCAUGCUUUUGCAAAGAUGUUGUUCUAUUAAGCAUCAAAGAGUACCCUUUGGUGCCUAGUGCACGAAAAGUUAGAUUCACUCAGAGUCUUGCAAUUUGUUUGCAAAGUAAAUGCACCAACAAUAGCGUUUACGUAGUUGAGUACUUUCUGCCACCCAACAAAAUGUCUGCUAGAGAUACAAGGACUUACAUAAAUAUGCUUUUAUCCACAACGAAAGAACGACUUCCAGGUUUCAUAGUUGCUCCUGGAAAAGAACUAGGGCAGAGGAUGCUCGUUGAAGUUGUUAAAGUUUCCCCGAGUGAUGAAUUUGACUCCUUUGAAAUUGGCCAAUCUCUACUGAGUGUUCAAUCACUUCAGGAUGGAGGAGGAACAACAGAAAUUGGCCAGCGUCUGCUGAGUGUUCAAUUUCUUCAGGAUGUAGGAGAAACAACUGAAAUUGAUUCUUUCUGCCAACAGUCAAAUAAUGUUGUUGCUGCUGCUGCACUACUGGUUCCUUCUUGUUCAUCAGACAAGCGUGACUCACUCAACUGUGAAAGGACAAUGGAAGUUGAUCUGUUACUUCCUCAUCCAAUAGAGGAAGCUGUGACAAACAGAGGAAAAGUUAACUUGGAUGUAGCACAUGAUGACCACAUUGAGGAUACACCUGAAAUAAUGCAACUUGAUUCACACUUUGAGCAACCAAAUAUAGAAAUUAAUUCUGCAGGAAAUGCAACGACUAACAACAAUAAAAUCCAUUCGCAUAAGAAAAACACAAUACAAAGGAUAGAAAAAGAUUAUGGGAUAACUCGCAAGAUUCUGGAGCAGCAUUUUGGCAUGACUCUUCAAGAUGCUGCUAAAAAUCUACAUGUUAGUCGAGCAACACUGAAACGAAUAUGUAAAGAAUAUGAAAUCACUAGAUGGCCAAAUUACAAGACUAGAAAGGUUAAUGUCCAUGUUAGCCAAGGCAUAUCUUUUCAAGGUGCUGAACCAUAUGUGGUCGAUCAACAAUGUCCUGCUCUUUCCCAAGAAAAAGGCACAAAUUAUUUGGGUCACAAAAUAUCUCCUGCAACAGGAAAACCUUGUGAUAGUGUGAUGACGGUAAAGGUUACAUAUAGAGGUGAUAUCAUAAAGUUUCAACUCUCCCUUUCAUCAACGAGGGUAGAAUUGGAGGGGGAAGUGGAAAAGAGGCUUAAGAUAUCACUUGAAAGGUUUUCAAUCAAGUAUCAAGAUGAAGGUGACGAUUGGAUUUUGAUAACUACUGAUUCAGAUUUGAGGGAUAGGAUGAAUUCACUUAGAUUGUUUGGAAGGACUACUAUGAGAUUACUGGUUACCCCUGAAGCUGACACAUGAAGGAUUUUCUCAUGCUCGAUGCGCAGUUCAACACCCUCUUUGAAUCAGUGAACGCACUGCAAGAUUGGGUGAAGGUGAUGCAAGGGAGUCAUUCUAGUAUGGUCUCUUCCAUUUGCCGUAUGAUCACUACUGCAGGAUGAGAUGCAAUCGGACUCCACGGCUUUGGAUACUCCAGAUAUUUCAGGUGCUACAAGCCUACAACUAUCACCUCUGUGUGAGAGUCAGAUUACAAUGAUAGUAACACCGAGUUGGCUGAUGUCGUGAAAUCACCUCUUGAUUGGCAACUUUCUGGAGAAACAAUACCAAAAAAAAUGUUUUCCGACAUUCGGUCUAGUGCUUCGGUUGUCAUCACUUAGACCACCGCACAUAAUCUGAAUUUUGAGAUUGAGGAUGUUGACAACCAACCGGGAGCUAUGGCCUAUGGAGUUUUCACAAUUGUUGGAUUUUGACUUUGCAUUGCCCUUUCGCAAGGAUAUCUAUUUACAACAAAUAAAUGGACAUUCCUGUUGACUUCUCUAAUCAUAGUAAACCUGGAUAAUUUUUCACCAUUUCUGAGAACAUCUCUUCUUUUCCAAAUCUGCCAUAUGAUAAAUAUUGGAACUGCAUUAAAAAGAGGUCUCAGUUUAACAUUACAAUCAGCACCCCCACCAUUUUUCAAGUGUUUGUUUCAGCUGUAUAUAAGGUCCCUGUAUCCCUGCAGAUCUUGAUAGAGUUCUCCAUAGAAAAUUGGCAUCUGGGCAUGCUACAAACAAAUGAUCAAAAGUUUCUGUUACAACAAACACAGGUAACAGAGUCAACAAUUCUGCACCUAAUUAAUACCUCUCCAAUGGGGUAUUCUUUUAAACUACAUUCUCCAUAGAAGAAAAGAAACUCUUAAAGGAAUUCCUUUUUCCCAAAUGAUCAUCAUAUCCUGCUGGUUGUCCUUCCUUUUUCUCAACAUUUCCCAAGCACUUCCAACAGUGAAGUUUCCUUUACUGUUGGGCAUCCACCAUGGUUUGUCCCUUUCAUUAGAAGAUAGACCAAUACACAAAUUAGUAUUCACAUGAUCACAUAUUUCUUCCCCAAACCUCUCCCUUAUCAUUAUAAUGACCCGGUCGGUCAUUUUUGGAAAGUUCCGUGAAAUUAUCAUUUUGCCCUCUCAAUAUUGAUCCCGAGUCUUUUAUGAAUGAGUUUGAAAAGUUGAGAAUUUGGUAAGUUUUGAGUUUGAAAGGCUAAGUUGUUAAGAAAGUGGUUUUCGGUGUCUUUUGGAGUUUCGAAUGUCGGAAUGGAAUUCCAUCGAUUCCAUCAGUCCCAAAAUGUGAAAUCUGACUUGCUAGAGUUGUUGGUUUCUGAUUCCGAGUCUUUUUGAGGAUUUGAGGUCCUAAGUUGUGAAAUUGUGGAAUUUUAGCCUUUGGGUUGACUUUGGUCAAUAUUCGGGGUUCGGAUGCUCAGAUCGAAAUUCUGAGAGUUCUGUUGGUUUCGGGGGUGAUUUUAGGCCUAGGUGAUGUCUUGGUUGAUUUUUGGGAGGUUCCGAGCUUGUUUUAGCCUUUU